AUGGUGCUUCUCACUGUCACAAGUCGCAUCGUCAUUGCGCUCGAAACGAUCCCGCCCUCGCAACGAACAGAGCUCAAUCUCCCAGUCUCUGCUCGAGUUGGCGAAUCAAUUUCACACGAAGAGCUCCUCCGACUGUCAAAGCAUCUUCAACAUGACGCGACCUAUCGCGAGUCACUGUCAACCGUGCAGAGUCCUUCAACGGUCUUGAAUACAUUACUCCGAGGCACAACGGUCUACAUUCCUCCACCACCCAAGAAACCAGAACCAAGCCCCGAGUACCUGGCUUCCAAAGCGCGCCUCCUCGCCGAGGCCGAACGAGCAGCCUACCAACGCCUCCUCAACCCAGCUCACACCAUAGAUCCAUCCUUCACCGACCCCCACGCCUCUUCCACCGACGCAUCCGAAGACCCUCUCACGCUCAGCCUCAUUUUCAACAUCUUCCUCUCCGUCCUGAUCACCGGGUUCAGCGUGUACUGGGCACUGACCAAGUUCCGAAUGCCAGUCAUCCUGGCGCAACUCUUCUCCACGUGGACGGGGCCCGGUCUCGAGGGCGGACAGGCUGUCUCUGGAGGCGCGUCGGAUGCGGUGCGCAUUCUCGUCUCGUUCUUUGCGGCGCUGGCGGUGGCUGUUGCCGAGGCAUUUCUGUACGGGGCAUACUUGGAGAAGGUGUCGCGAGCGAGGGCGAAAGAGAGGCGGAUGAAGGAGCGGAAGGUGGUGAUUGGGCCGGUGGGCGACGAGGGGACGGAGGACUCUGCGGCUGCAGCCGACGCUGCGAGUGUGACCGUGGAACAGAAGGAGGAGAUAUGGGGGAAGGGUGUGAAUGGAGGGGCGAGGAGGAGGGUGCGAGAGAAGUGGGAGAAGGAGAGAGAUAAAGUGGAGGGCGAGAUGGAGUGA